AUGACGGAGGCCGGGCCCGUGCUGUCCAUGUGCCCGGCGUUCGCCAAGGAGCCGACGCCCGCCAAGCCGGGGUCGUGCGGCACGGUGGUGCGCAACGCGGAGCUCAAGGUGGUGGACCCCGACACGGGCCUCUCCCUCGGCCGCAACCUCCCCGGCGAGAUCUGCAUCCGGGGCCCGCAGAUCAUGAAAGGGUACCUGAACGACCCGGAGGCCACCUCGAGGACGAUCGACGUCGACGGCUGGCUCCACACCGGCGACAUCGGCUACGUCGACGACGACGACGAGGUCUUCAUCGUCGACCGCGUCAAGGAGCUCAUCAAGUUCAAGGGCUUCCAGGUACCACCGGCCGAGCUCGAGGCUCUGCUCAUCGCCCACCCAUCCAUCGCCGACGCAGCCGUCGUCCCGCAAAGGGAUGACGCCGCCGGCGAGGUCCCUGUCGCCUUCGUGGUCCGCGCCGCCGACUCCGACAUCGCGGAGGAUGCCAUCAAGGAGUUCAUCUCCAAGCAGGUGGUAUUCUACAAAAGGCUACACAAGGUGUACUUCACCCCCUCCAUCCCCAAGUCGGCGUCCGGGAAGAUCCUGAGGAGAGAGCUGCGCGCCAAGCUCGCGGCGGCCGCGACCGCUUGA